AUGAUUAUUGUAUCCACAACAGGUUACUUUGUUUCAGUGUCAGGCCCGUACAUCGCUAAGAAUAAUGACGCCAUGAUAUUAACUCACAUUAUGUGCUGUAACAUUGAAGGUAUUCAAAGUUGGGUACAGGAGGAGGAUAUAUUUGUGGUCGAUCGUGGGAUUAGGGAUUCUCUGGAGUACCUAGAACAGAUGGGGAUCAAGGCCAAAAUGCCAUUAUUCCUAGCCAAAGGAGAUAAACAAAUGUCAACAGAGAAUGCCACCAGUCGAUUGGUGACAAAGAUACGGUGGGUUGUCGAGUCAGCCAAUGCCAGGAUCAAGCAGUGGCAUUAUCUAGGGCACAUUCUACCCUCUAGCCAAAUACCCUAUAUAGGAGACUUUGUCAGGAUUGUAUGUGCCAUUUGCAAUAAAUACCUGAAGCCUCUUGCUUAUGGUAACACUGAGGAGAACCAGGCACUUGGUGCAAAAAUGGUUUUUCUAUCAAAGCAGGUCAAUACCUUACAACACCAUGUUGAGGACAACCAUCUUGACCGACGCUCCGUUUGCUGGACGGAAAUAAAUGACCUGCCAGACUUCCCCCACGAGGAUGAGGAUCAACUCAGAUCCCUCACAUGUGGAAUAUACCAACUUCGUCUGUCUCCAUCUUAUGCUAAGGAGCACAUUGAAGGCGACUGUAGUAUCCAAGUACACAGAGAGGAGCCAGGCCUUCUACGCGUCAAAAUACAAAGUAGACAUGUGUCAGCUAGGUGCUACUUAUUGUGGGUCCAGUAUGAUGCCUGUGACAUCAAGGCUUGGUACUGUAAGUGCAGGGCUGGUGCUCGUGUCGUAGGCAUGUGCUCACAUGUUGCUGCAAUCCUGUGGUACUUAGGAUAUCCUCGCCAUCACAAGGAUGAGAGACUGGGUGUGCGAGACUGGGGGGAGUUUGUCGAGGAUGCCACAUUGGUUGAUGUCUCCGAUAGUUCUAGCGACAGUGAUGAAAAUGGACCAGAAGAGUAAAAGUGUACCAAGUAUGUCCUUUGUUGUUUGUAUAUGUACCCCCUGUUCUUUCACUUUAUAAUGCUCUAGUAAGAAAAGAGCCUGAAUUUAAUUGCAGAAACUUUAUUAAAGGGAUCACUUAUUUUUCUUAAAAGGAUUUUAUGUACAUUCUUGUUUUUUGAGAGAGUGGGAAAAAGAGCAUAACAGGU